AUGGACCAAGCCACAGAGGCCUCGUUAGCGCGUGUGAUUGCGGACGUUGAGGCCGAGCGCACGACCGCCGAUCUCCUGCGGGAUCAGGUAAAAGCCUUUGAUCGGGCGCAGCGUAUGGUAGCGAUGCAGCUGGGGCAAGUACAUACACUGCCGCCAUCGCAGCUCGCUGCGCACCAAGCGGCUGUCGAGCGUAGCUUUGUCGAUGUACGAACCUCGCUGGCCGCUUUGGCCAAACAGGUCCCUCAUGGCGAAGUGUAUAAGUGGGCGGAUGUAUGGUCGUUUCCUAUGCGCAAUGCCGUGUACGCCGCAAGCUUGGCGUAUUAUCUAGGGGCUGGACGACUGCUCUCCAAAGAAGCAGCAGCGAUAGUAUUGGGCGUCGACAUGCUGCCUGCCGAUUGUAUGCUCCUCACGACCGAAGACUACUUGCAUGGCCUCAUCUCGAUGGUCAACGAACUACCGCGCCUAGCCAUUCAUGCGGUAACACAUGGCGACUUUGACGCGCCUGUUCGCAUUGCAGAUAUGGUGAAGCAGGUGCAUGCUGCCUUCCAAGUCCUCAACCUGAAAAACGAUGCGCUACGGAAGCGCUUCGACUCCCUCAAAUAUGAUGUCAAACGUGUCGAAGAGAUUUUGUACGAUAUCCGGCUGCGUGAUCUACAGGGGCGCACUGAUAUGCCGCUGGGCCUGGCUGUGGUAGUCCCAGAGGCCGAGGCUGCCGCCCUGCUGCAGCGCCUCGCGGGCCGAGCUGCGUAG